AUGAGUUUGAAUAAGCUAAGGACCUGGUCGUUGGGUAUGCAUGGUCGAGAGGAACCAGUGGCCGCCUUGCAAGAGUUGUUUGACCGGACACAUUCCAAAGGGGUGCGAGAGUUGUGUUUGGUCGAGGGAUACUCGGGACUUGGCAAGUCUCGGUUGGUCCGGGAAGCUCUGGAACAUCGUGUGGACAAGGCUGGUGGACUCUUUGUCAGCGGCAAGUUUGAACAGAAACACCAAGAGGACCUUCAGACACCCUAUGCUGCAAUCACCAUGGCUUGUCAGCAACUCUGUACCCUGAUUCAUCAGUGGCUGAUUGUGGGCGAACAUCAACGACAACGUCAAGCCAAGAAAGCCAUGAAAUCUCGUCUACGGGAAAAAUUGGCCAAUGACGUUCAUGUCCUCAAAACCAUUAUUCCCAACAUUGAACUCAUUGUCAAUAGCAUCGGUGAUGACGAUGACGACGACAUUAGUAGUAGUGAUCGGGAUCUUGGAUCGCACUACAGCAGCAGCAGGUCUCUGGGGAAAGACUUCGAUUGGGAGACACUUGGCAAAGAACCAUUGGAAGAUACCACAGACACGGCCACCAUGGAUGAAUCAGAACACGAACCCAUACAAGAUGGGAAAAUGGCAGAUCAGCUCAAACGGUUACAGUUUGCCUUUGGCUCAUUCAUCAGUGUAGUGGCCGAAAGGGGUCCUAUCGUCAUGGUAAUUGAUGACAUGCAAUGGGCAGAUCAAGCAAGCAUCAGCUUACUCCAGGCAUUUCUGACUCAAUCUGCCAUUGGCAAAGAGAACAUUCCACUGUUGGUUGUGGGUGUCUAUCGCAGCAAUGAAGUGAGCUCCAACCCACAACAUCCUCUAUCCAAACUAUUGGGUGCAUUGGGAAACAAAGCUGACAAUGAAAGCCCAAAAGAGCUUCCCAAAACCGCUGUGGCGGACCAAACCAAUCCGCACCAGGGGAUCCCAAUGACCCGCAUUGCUCUCGACAAUCUUUCCGUGAAACACGUGAAUCAGAUGGUUUGUGACUUGUUUGUCCUUGAUGAACCACAAACUGUGGCUCCACUGGUAGAAGUGGUGCACCGAAACACACAGGGUAAUCCGUUUUGGGUGGUCCAGCUCAUGACCGGGCUUCAGUCCCAAGGAUUGUUAGACUACAACUUUGGGCUCAUGAAAUGGAUCUGGAACCUCCCGGAAAUUGAAGCCAAGAUCAAAAUCACAGACAACAUUGUCGGACUGACCAAGGACAAACUUGAAAGUCUAGAAGAUGGCACCUUGCAAAUCCUACAGAUUGCGGCAUGUCUUGGUUCUACGUUUGACGAAAAUACACUUCAGAUGGUCUUGUCCAAGGUUGACCGGUCAAAGCUCCUUGGCGGAGGAGACGACGAAAGCUGCGAAGGCAAUGAAUUGGAUUGGGGUGAACUAGACACAUGCGUCGACGAAGGCUUUCUUGAGGAAUUUGGUUCCACAUCGUACAGGUGGAAACAUCUCUCUCUAUGA